AUGAGUUCCAAGUUUGCAAACCGCCGAAAACCCCGCAAGAUUGGCGGGGAGGAUGAAGAGGAUGGCGGCGAACAAGAUAUUGGGCCGGUUGUCAAGCGCCCCGUUUCCUCUAAAACGAAAAUAAAAUCCAAAACGCGCCUGUCGUUCAACCCCGGAGAAACUUCAAUGGCUGAAGAUGGCGAACAGGAAAGUGAAGUGGUACUACCGAAACGGCAAGGACUUGGGAGGCGAGCACUGGAAAAUAGUGCUCUCCAGAGGUCACUCACGCCAUCGGGAUCAGGUAGUCAGCUUCCACUCAGGGUUGGCCCAGAACAAGAUCGGCCAAGUUAUAACAAUGAAUAUUUGAAAGAGCUUCGAAAUUCAACGCCUUCAACACCAAAGAAUACUACCGAUGAUGACCAAGAGAAGACUAUUGAUGUCGCAGCAAAGUUUGGCGAGGUUAUGAAAGUCACAGCGCCGGCCGCCAUUCCUAGCGAAGCAGAGAUUAGGGAGAAAAAAGAAAGAAGAGCGCGCUUAGCCAAAGAACAGCAGUAUGGAAUCUCAACAGAGAAGGACUUUAUCUCGCUGAAUGAUACUAUGGAGGAUGAAGAGUGGGACUCGAGAAAUGCAAAAGAGGAUCUAAGGGACACUCGGCUUAUUCGAGAUGAUGAGGAUUUCGCAGAAGGCUUCGACGAGUUUGUGGAGGAUGGCCGCAUAACUCUGGGGAGAAAGGCGGAGCGCGAGAGGGUCAAAAAGCAGCGUGAAGAAAUGCGAGAGCUCAUUGAAGAUGCCGAAGGAGUCUCGGACGAGGACGACUCAGAUUUAGAAGAAAAGGCGGCUUACGAAGCCGCCCAAACAAAGGCUGCCAUGGGCCACGGCGGCAAAGACUAUACAGAUCGACCAAAGACUCCUCCCAAAAUGACUUCCCUCCCACGUCUAUCAACCUGUCUUGACCGUUUACGCACAACCUUGGCUGUCAUGGAAAAGUCAAAAACCCAGAUGAUUGAUCGAAUGGAAGAACUGAGAAAGGAAAAGGCCGAUAUAGCUGUACGAGAAGUAGAGAUCCAGGCUUUAAUCAAAGAAGCUGGGGAUAACUACGAGAAACUCAAACAAGAAGCUGGGCGCACUCCUGGCUCGGACGAGGAUUCAGCUGCCGAGCGAGGAUUGGAGAGUAUCGGCCAUUCCAUGGCAGUAUCAACCGGAAACUCCGAGGACGAGCAUUUCGAUGCUACUCCUAUCGAACUGUUCUUUGACUUGUUUUUCGUGGCGAAUCUCUCUACCUUUACUGCUACGCAUGAAAUUCACAAUGUAGAAGCCUUAGGGGCUUACAUAGGCUUUCUUGGGGUGAUUUGGUUCACCUGGCUUCAGGUUACUCUAUUCGACAUCAGAUUUGCCAGGGACUCGAUUUUCGAACGAGCCUGCAAGGCUAUACAACUAGCAGCUAUGGUUGGUUUUGCAUCUGCAGGCACGCGGUUUACCACCCGUGUUAAAGACGAAAAUGUUUGGGCCUUUCAAUCACUGAGUAUCUUUCUUGGCGGAAGCCGAAUCUUACUGGCUCUGCAAUAUACGGUCAACAACAUCGUCUUCAUUCGGAAACGAAUGAGGCCUGCUGCCAAAGGGGUCUCCAUCAUCGCCGCGACGCUGUUUGUCUCGAGUUUAAUCUAUCUGGGGAUGUUUUAUAUCUUCGGGGUGCAGGACGGGAUCCGCUCCUAUAUAUGGACCGUUUGGUUUGCUUUGUUCGGAAUAGAGAUGUGGGUUAUAAUGGGAGUAUCUUGUGUGACACCCGGAAUUGGGCUCCAAGAUACCCACUUGAAUGUAAGAAUGGGUCUCCUUACACUAAUCAUCAUUGGCGAAGGGGUCAUAUCAGUCACCAGAAUUGUGAAUAGGACCGUGCGGCCGGGGGGCUGGACUAAGUGGUCGUUUGUUCACAUUCUAGGAGUCACUACUAAUGUGUACUUUCUGUGGCAAGCGUAUUACGAUCUCUCACCAAGGGGCAUGCUUGGCAAAUAUUCCCAGCAGCUAUGGGCCCAGCUCCAUUUUCCCUUUCAUGUGGCCCUAGUUCUACUUCUUGAAGGAUCGCAGAUCCUUGCUUUGACCCUAGACAUUACCUUGAAGCUCACGUACCUCGAGGAAACUAUCAUGUUUGCUUGCGAGGAACCACGGCCCAGACCCGGAAUAGCCAUUGGUCUCCUUCGGAACACCAUUGAGGACAUGGAGAUUAAUUACAGCCGCGGCGCAAUAAAAGAAAAGAUGGCCAUCGACGCAAUCUUGGAGGAUUUGCCCAACCACCCCUUGUGCCUGGGAGAGAACGUGAUCGGUUUCUUCGUCACAAAUGAUCACCUUAAUAACCUUGUGGGUAAUGUUACUGCCGCUCUGUUUUCCAGUAUGGGAAUCAUACCUUCGGAGGAGACAAACAUAGGACAGUUGACUAGCUCGCAGUUGCUGAGGAUGUACAUGGAGCUACUAGGGUUUGUCUACAUAUAUUUUUUCGUCGUUGCAUCACUGGUGAUGUUUCUUUUUGCUGCCUUUGCAUUGUUGGCUCGCCGCCACAGCUUCUGCACUAGUAUUGGAAUAACGACCCGCAUCAUCCUCGGGGUGCUCUUGGCGAGCUUAGUGUCUUUCGUCGGGAAAUUUGGGCUUGCGUACGAUUUCAUGACAUCUCCAACGAUAUUAUACGCAUUCACAUUUGUUCUUUUGACAGUGUCUGGCGUUGACCGACUCUUGGACCUCUGUGAGAGCCAUUAUGAGACCAAUGCGAACCUGGAAGAUGCAGGGAAGCGUAGUCAUUCAGAUACCUCCUAG